AUGAUUAUCUCUGCACUGAGCCCCACCAGAUUUCUGGAAUGCAUCUCUGGGUUCCUCCAAGUGGCCUCCCUGAUUGGCCUGCUUCUGCUGCUCUUCAAGGCAGCACAGCACUAUCUGCGCAGGCGGCGGCUGCUCACAGCCUUCCAGCAGUUCCCGUCGCCACCCUCCCACUGGCUCUUUGGGCAUUGCUUCCAGUUCAAAGAGGACCAGAAUCUCAGAUGGAUACUAAGAUGCGUCGAGAAAUUCCCAGGAGCCUGUCUACGCUGGAUAUGGGGGAGCAAAGUCUUCAUCCAGGUCUAUGACCCAGACUACAUGAAAGUGAUUCUGGGGAGAGCAGACCCAAAGGCUGACAUCUACAGAUUCUUGACCCCUUGGCUUGGACAUGGUUUGUUCUUUUUGAAUGGACAUAAGUGGUUCGAGCAUCGUCAGAUGUUGACACCAGCAUUCCACUAUGACAUCCUCAAGCCCUAUGUGGAGAUCAUGGCAGACUCUGUGCAGGUGAUGCUGGACAAAUGGGAGCAGAUUGCUUGCCAAGACAUCACUCUAGAGAUCUUUCACCCAGUCUCCUUGAUGAUGUUGGACACCAUCAUGAAGUGUGCCUUCAGUUACCAGGGCAGUGUCCAAUUGGACAGGAAUUCUCAGUCCUACCUCCAGGCUGUUAGUGAGCUGAGAAACCUAAUGAUUUCCCGUAUGAAGAAUGUCUUCCUCCACAGUGACAUUAUCUACAAUCUGACUUCCCAUGGCCGAAGGACCAACUCUGUCUGUCAGAUUGCCCAUGAACACACAGACCGAGUUGUCAAGCUGAGGAAGGCUCAGCUACAGGACAAGGAAUCAACAGAGAAGCUCAGAGGAAAGAGAUGUUUGGAUUUCCUGGACAUCCUUCUAUUCUCCAGAAUGGAGGAUGGGAACAGCUUGUCUGACAAAGAAUUGCGUGCUGAGGUAGACACAUUUAUGUUUGGGGGUCAUGACACACCAGCCAGUGGUAUCUCCUGGAUCUUCUAUGCUUUGGCCACACAUCCUGACCACCAGCACAGAUGCAGAAAGGAGAUCCAGAGCCUUCUUGGGGAUGGAUCCCCCAUCACAUGGGGCCACCUGCGUCAGAUGCCCUACACCACCAUGUGCAUCAAGGAGGCUCUGAGGCUCUACCCACCCGUACCAUGUGUCUGCAGAGAGCUCAGCUCACCUGUGACCUUCCCUGAUGGACGCUCCUUACCUAAAGGUAUCACAGUUGUGCUCCACUUUUAUGCCCUUCACCACAACCCAAAAGUGUGGCCAAAUCCAGAGGUGUUUGAUCCUUCCAGGUUUGCAGUGGAUUCUGCCCAACACAGCUAUGCUUUCCUGCCCUUCUCAGGAGGAUCAAGGAACUGCAUUGGGAAGCAAUUUGCCAUGAAUGCACUGAAGGUCACUGUGGCCCUGACCCUGCUCCGAUUUGAACUACUGCCAGAUCCCACCAGGGUCCCCAUCCCUAUUCAACAACUCGCAUUAAAGUCCAAGAAUGGGAUCCACCUGCAUCUCAGGAAGCUCCAAUAGUGCUACUGGGGACCAUGACGGAGUCCGAGUGCCUGCACCUGCCAUCCUAUCUGUCACUGCUCCUAUACUUUGCCUGAGUU